CAGGAUCACCCCUUCGGCUCGCCACGUGUCAGAACUCAAUAUAAAAAGGCCGAGCCGACCAACCUGCCUUCCCCCUUGUCCAAAUCCAAAUCCAGUCAACCCAAUUAAACUGCAAAUCUCAUUUCUCUUCGCAGUUUCUCUUCCAAGUCCAACUCCAAGCAAAAAGCCGAUCAAUCAGAUUCAGAUCGUCCAUCUCUCUCGAUCGAAAUUCGUCCAUAUCGGCAUCGGAAUAUUCUUCCCUGCGCAGAUAAUGUUCGUGAAGAAACUCGUGGAGAAGGCGUCUUUCAAUAAGAAGCCUGUAUGUAACGUGGAUGGUCUAAAGUCUGAUGAUGUAAGCCCCCGUUUGGUAUAUCAUUAUGGAAUUCCACAAGGAUCUCUUCAGUUGUCAUAUGACUCCAUUCAGAAUAUACUUGCUAUAUCAACCAAAGAUGGCAGAAUCAAGGUGUUUGGGAGAGAUGGUGCCCAAGCUCUACUUGAAUCUCCUAACAUGGUAUCAAGUAAAUUCUUGCAGUUUAUGGAAAACCAAGGCUUCCUCAUUAAGUUAAAUGCUGAUAACCACAUCGAGGUAUGGGAUGUAGAUCAGAGGAACUUGUCAAAUGUUCAUGACUUAAAGAGGAAUAUCACAUCUCUUACAGUUGUCCAGCAUACUCCUUAUAUGUAUGUUGGAGAUUCACUAGGUCAUGUUUGGGUUUUGAAGCUAGAAAAAGAACCCUGCAAUGUAGUGCAAAUGAAAUAUCAUAUACCCUUUUCAGCAUCUCAUGGGAACACAAAUCAAGUUGGGGACAAUGCUGUAGUUGAAAUCCUUCCCCAACCUACAGCAGAAAGUAAAAGGAUUGUUAUUAUUUAUCAAGAAGGUUUGAUUGUAUUGUGGGCAGUUCAGGAAAGCAAAGUCAUAUUUACAACUGGAGGAACUGCAAUGCAAUCAGUAAGUUAUGAGGCAAAAAAGGCAACAGCUGCAUGUUGGGCUUGUCCAAAUGGAACUAAAUUAGUUGUUGGAUACAGCAAUGGAGAUUUAUUUGUCUGGAGCAUUCCUGCAUCAUCAAAUAUUAAAAUGGAACAUGAAUCUAGCAAAGACGCUUCUUUUGCCUCUUCAAAUCCUCCUAUUUGUAAACUAAAUAUUGGAUAUAAAUUAGACAAGAUCCCUAUAGCCAAGUUAAGGUGGAUUUAUGCAGAUGGUAAAGCAAGUCGAUUGUACGUUAUGGGUCUCUGUGAUAAUCAGACAGUGAACUCGUCACAAGUAGUUUUACUUAAUGAGCAAACGGAAUCACGCACAAUUAAGAUGACACUUCAUCCUCCAGAGUCGUGUAUUGACAUGGAGAUUAUUUCAAGCCAUAAAGCACCAAGCAAGACAAAAACUGAUGCAUUCCUUCUACUAGGGAAGUCCGGCGUUGUUUAUGCAUAUGAUGAUUAUUCAAUAGAAAGGUACUUAUUGCAAUGUCAGAACAGAUCUUCGCCUUCGCUCCCAAAGGAAAUAUUGGUGAAGUUGCCAUUUGUUGAUUCUAACAUCACCAUUUCAAAACUCAUAACAGAUAGCCCUUUUAUGUUAUGGUCAGGGAAUCAGGACUAUACUUCUCAUGCAAAAGAUAUAUUUCCACUUUUCCCAUUUGAGAGGAGGCAAAAAGAUGGAACUGUAUCUAACUCAGCCCAUUGUGUUGAGUUUUCAAAGGCUAAGAACUUAUUCAUAACGGGCCAUAGUAGUGGAGCCAUAAAUUUUUGGGAUGUCUCUUGCCCACUCUUGCUUCCAAUUGUAUCACUAACUCAGCAGACUGAAGACAACUUUUCGUUAAGUGGUGUACCUGUGACAGCGUUGUGCCUUGUCUUUGACUUACAUAUCCUUAUUACUGGUGAUCAAAGUGGAACGGUUCGUAUUUAUAAAUUUAAAACUGAGGUUUUGACCCCAGACAACAGCUUUUUGCCGUUCCAAGGUUUAAAGAAAGGAGGCAAUCAAAUCAUCCGAAGUCUUAAGCUUUUGAAGGUCAACGGGGCCGUACUUUCUAUUAGUGUGAGCCCUAAUUUGAAGAGCUUUUGUGUUGGAUCUAAUCAAGGAUAUGUGUCACAUUUUGACUUGGAGAGCCUCAGUGUAUUAUAUGAAAGGCAGAUACCAAGUGAGCUGUGUACAGGCAUCAUCUCUUCACAGUUUGACACGUGCAACCUCCAUGGUUUCGAGAAGAAUGUUCUAGUACUGGCUACAAGAGAUUCUUCUGUGGUGGCACUUGAUGGUGAGACAGGGAAUAUAUUAAGUCAUAGCAUGGUUCAUCCUAAAAAACCAUCCAGAGCAUUGUUUAUGCAAAUUUUGGGUUCUUCAUCUAGCAUGUCAGGUAGCAUGGACUCUAAUGCCUCAAGAGUACCAUUAGUUUUGCUUUGUUCUGAAAAGGCUGUUUAUGUGUAUUCCUUGGUCCAUGCAGUUCAGGGAGUUAAAAGAGUACAAUACAAAAAGAAGUUUCAUUCAUCUUCUUGUUGCUGGGCAUCCACUUUCGAGUCUCCCCAAGGAGGUGUUAUUCUUCUCUUUUCAAAUGGGAAAGUUGAAAUAAGAUCCCUUCCAGAGCUGUCCCUUUUAAAAGAAACUUCAAUUAGAGGGCUCACAGUUUCUACUUCAAAAGCAAACUCUAUUUCAGACACUUCUAUAUGCUCUUCUCGAACUGGUGAACUCAUACUGGUUGACAGGGAUCAGGAAAUGUUUUUCUUCACGGUUUCAGCCCUAAAAGAUUCCUACAGGUUUCUAGAACCAGCAUCUCAAGUUUACAAUAGAGAUGUAUUGGUUGAACAGGGGCCUGUUUCAGCACCAAUCAUUCCCAAGGAAAAGAAAAGGGGUAUAUUUGGCUCUGUGAUUAAAGGAAACAAAGGAAAGAAUGUGUCUGAACAAGCAGCUGAAGAUCCACAAGAAAGUAUCGAGGAGUUGUCAACAAUCUUUUCAGUUUUCAACUUUCCAUUAGACACCGAGGACGGAGAAGAGUUAAACAUGAAUGAAGAUGAUGGUGAUGAUGAUAGUUUGGAUAUAGAUGACAUUGACAUUGAAGAUCCUGUAGUAAAACCUAAAGGAAAACCGAAGGUUGCAACAAUAAACAAACAGAACCUUUCAAAUUCAUUUGAAGCAUUUCGAGGGAAAUUUAAGCACAAGAAGGUAAAAAGUGACAAGCUUCAAGUUAUUACUGAAGCGCCACUGCAAGGGGAUAAUUCUGGUGCUAUUGAUCAAAUAAAGAAGAAAUAUGGAUACACUUCUUCUGAACAUAAUGUUGCAGAAGCAGCAAAGUCAAAGCUCAGUGAAAAUUUGAGAAAAAUGCAGGGCAUAAACCUUAGGACAAACGAGAUGCAGGAGACGGCUAAAUCGUUUUCUGCAAUGGCAAAGGAGAUGCUGCGAUAUGCUGGAAAUGAAAAGGGAGGAAGUUAAUAUUAUCAUUAAUUAACACAAUGUCAACCAUACCAGUAUUUCAGAUAUUCUUUCUGCAUUGUAUUGAUCUGAUAUUUAUUUUGAUUUAAUUUCUUUCAGUAGAAGCAAUGUACAUAACCACAUAUGUAUAUAUGCAUAUGUAACUUUUGUGGUUUUAGAAAUAUAUCACUGAUUUUUAGCAUUUAUUUACAGGAACUGUACGUAUGAAUUCAUAUGAACAACACAAUAUUUAGGUUUGAAUAAUAUA